AUGGAUCCUUGCAUAGACUCUUACCAACACACAGAAGGCCCUGACGACGCUCUCGUUCGCUCGCUAGUUUUCGAUUAUCUAAUACACAACUGCUACGGCGAAACUGCAAAAGCAUUUUUCAAAGACAGGCAGGAAAUCGAGGGAGACGGAUAUGGGGAGAGGCUGUUCUGGGAAAAUGACGGCGAAUGGACUGGUGUAGGAACUGAAACAGGAAAGGGAACC